GUGGCUAAGUCGGCCACUCUGCCCGUGCUGCGGUGGCGGGGCCUGCGCGCCCCCGGCCCUGGGGAUGUCGGAGCCGGCGGGCUCGGCGCUGCAGCAAACCAUGGACAGAAGUUGCUGGGUGUGUUUUGCCACUGAUGAAGAUGAUCGAACAGCAGAGUGGGUGAGACCUUGCAGAUGCAGGGGCUCUACAAAAUGGGUUCAUCAGACUUGCCUACAACGCUGGGUGGAUGAAAAGCAGAGAGGAAACAGCACAGCUAGAGUUGCAUGUCCUCAGUGCAAUGCAGAAUACUUAAUAGUAUUUCCAAAGCUAGGUCCAGUUGUUUAUGUCUUGGACCUUGCAGAUCGACUGAUCUCAAAAGCAUGUCCGUUUGCUGCAGCUGGAAUAAUGGUGGGAUCCAUUUACUGGACAGCUGUCACUUAUGGAGCUGUGACAGUAAUGCAGGUUGUAGGUCAUAAAGAAGGUCUUGAUGUCAUGGAGAGAGCUGAUCCAUUAUUUCUUUUAAUUGGACUUCCCACCAUUCCAGUCAUGCUGAUUUUGGGCAAGAUGAUUCGCUGGGAAGACUAUGUGCUUAGACUAUGGCGCAAAUAUUCUAACAAACUGCAAAUUCUGAACAGUAUAUUUCCAGGGAUUGGAUGUCCUGUUCCUCGUAUUCCAGCAGAGGCUAACCCUUUGGCAGAUCAUGUCUCCGCUACUCGUAUUCUGUGUGGAGCUCUAGUCUUCCCAACUAUUGCUACAAUAGUGGGCAAGCUGAUGUUCAGCAGUGUUAAUUCAAACUUGCAAAGGACAAUCUUGGGUGGGAUUGCUUUUGUUGCUAUAAAAGGAGCUUUUAAAGUUUACUUCAAACAGCAGCAAUACUUGCGCCAAGCUCACCGCAAAAUUUUAAAUUACCCUGAACAAGAAGGAGCAUAAAGCUGUGAUCUCCAGAUGUUGUACAAUCUCAUCUACCAGAUUCUCUCGUGUUGUAUUGAUUCCAUCAUUAUUGCACAGUAGUGGAGAAUUGUGAUAAGCUGCUGCGCCUAUUUUUUUUCUUCAAAUAUAAUAAAGCACUUUCUUUUGUCAGUAAAUCCUUUCAGAAAUCACUGAAUUUAAGAAUGUGAUUGAUUUUCAUUAUUUUUGUGCAUUUCUUUUAUGAUAGGCAAGCAUCUGAAUCAUCGUCUUCACACCACUAUGCUGAACUUGAAAAAAAAAAUCAGCAAAAGCCCCAAACAGAACUAAAGUAUAAGAUGCAGUGUGCAGUUUCUUAAUGUAUUAACUGUAUCUGCAUACCUUUUAUUACAGUCUUUGCACAAUAUUUUCAUACAAUGGCUAUCCAGUUCAGCCUAAGGACAGCAUGAAAGGAAUCUCCUAAAGCAGUGGAGCUCAACCUUUUAGUGGUAGAGCUGGUGCUUGUGGGCUAACAUGCCUCUCCAGUAGAAGGUGGGUUGGGGAAGAGAACGAGGAGGAAGGUGGCUGCCUGCCAUAGGGAAGGAGAGAGGGAGAGAGCAAGCAGCAUGGCAUGGCACAGGGCAGGGAAGGGGAUAUGCAGGGCCAAACUUUGCUAUUGAUCCUCUGUACGGUGGGCCAGAUCCAGUAACUUUGGGGGUUGAAUCCAGCCUGCAGGCCAUAGGUUAAGCACCACUGUUCAAAAGGAAUUUUGCUUGAACCUUAUAUUGCUAAGGAAAAUUAUUUGGACUUCAGUCAGUAAGGAUUCCCUUGGUCAUAGCUGAAGUUACAAAUUAGAUGUGAAAUAAAAAGUCUAAAAUAUUUUCAUUAAUUGGAUAGCUAAGCAGAAGAUGAAUUGUUUUCUAAAGGGUCCACAUAGCCAACUUUGCCACCUAAAGUACUAGGUGUGAAAAUGAGCAUGGCUGUUGAUUAAUUUUGUUAUUGUUUGUAGUGCCUAGUAUUGCUCUCUCACACUCUUUUCCUUCCUAUAGAAUAACUAGUAUUGUAUAGUAUUAGCUCCAUCUAUUUUCUAUUUACUAGAAAAAUUAUUUACCUGGAAAGCGAGUUUCAAUCACUUAUUUUUGUAAUUAGUUAAAAUGUUAGAAAAGCUGUUUAGUUCCCCUUUUUCAGGUCAUUUUAAUUAUGCAGUUAUCUGUUCUAGUAGAAAAUGCCAGAAAAUUGAAAAAUAGCAGUGGACAUCAGGGAAGCAUCUUGGCUCUUUAGUCUGACAAAA